AUGCCCCCCAAAAAGGCUGAACCGAAGACAAACCCCAAGAAGCGGGGCGUUGAAGAUGUGGGGGAUAAUGUUGCAAGUUCUUCGAGCUCUAAAAUCGCGAAAGUGCACCCAUUCUUCUCGAAACCAAAGCCUAAUGAAGAAGGGGACGCCUCAUCCUCUAGUACUGGUUUCCGAUGGCACGAACCCCUCGGACCGAAGAAGACGCUCAUAUAUGGGACCAACGGCAACCCCAGCGUGAAAGUGAAAGUAGCAGCAUUCGAUUUGGACGGAACGAUCAUUGAAGGGAAUGGGCGGACCGUGUCUGCCGAUUGGAAGUUUUGGAAAAGUGGGGUGAAGGGCAAGUUGGAGGCUGUUGUUGCUGAGGGGUACUCGUUGGUUAUCAUCUCAAAUCAAGGGAUCAAAACCGAGCGACUAAAGGUGUGGAGGGAGAAAGUAAAGUCGAUUGCAGCUGCUUUACCCGACGUUCCCUUCCGAUUAUUCGCGGCGACAGCGAAAGAUGGGUACCGCAAACCUAUGCCGGGGAUGUGGACCGAAUUGGAGAGAAUGGUUGCUGAACACGGGCAGGAAAUUGAUAAAGACCAGUCCUUCUUUGUCGGUGACGCCGCUGGCCGCAAGGGUGACUUUGCAGGGACGGACAGAAAAUGGGCACUCAACGUUGGGAUCAAGUUUUAUACACCCGAGGAAUAUUUCCUAGGACAUCCGCCUGCAAAAUACGAGCUUCUUGGUUUCCAUGUGUCUUCACUUCCAGUCGACAUACCGCCCUUCACGCCUACAUCCACCCCCCUCGUCCCUUCUUCCGACCAUAAACCUAAAUCAAAGGGAAAAUCCAAGCCCUCCUCCUCCUCCUCACCAAACCCAGCCCCGGAAAUAGUCCUCUUCGUCGGAUACCCAGGGGUCGGUAAAACAACGUUUUACAAGCGUCACUUCGCGGACGCUGGGUACGUGCAUAUCAACCAGGACGUGUUGGGGAGCAAGCCGAAGUGUUUGAAGGCGGUGGAGAAAGCGGUUGAAGAUGAGCAGAGAUGUGUCGUUGAUAACACAAAUCGAGAUGGAGCGACAAGGCAAGCGUACAUCUCUCUUGCCAAGAAGAAGAAUAUUCCCAUUCGGUGCUGUCACUUUACCGCUCCCAUGGAACUCGCGUGGCACAAUAACCUGUAUCGCGCGUACAUCGUACCUGAAGAAGAGCGACGACCCGCCGUGCCAUAUCUGGCGUUCACUGGCUAUCGAGCGGCGUUUGAGGCGCCUGAAGUAGAUGAAGGGUUUGAUGAGAUUAGACAAGUCAACUGGGUGUUUGAGGGGAGCGAGGAGGAGAGGAAGAAGUGGGGAAUGUGGUUGCAGGUGGAGGGCAAGUAA